UAUUUAAUAUUAUUAUUAAAUUAUCGAAACGUCAUUAUUUCUAUGCCACUAUGAGUUGCGUACGAUGCCGCGUUCACCCCAGUGACUUAAAAUCAUUUAAACAUACACACCACAAUUUACGUCCAUAACCAUACUAUACCCUAUAGGAAUCUAUACUUUUACCUAUUUACGUACAUAUAUUGAUUUUAUUUUUUUUAUUUAACGUUACGGCCGCGUUUCAUUGUGCAUCAAAACAGAAACUUCAAACCAUUAAAGUACCUAUAAUGUUCGCGAUAUGUGGACCAGACAUAAAUUGAUAAUAUAAAACAGUUUUAUGACUAAUUUCUAGUGAUGUGUAUGUGAUCAUUAACAAAGAAAGUACCUUUUGCAUGUUUACAAUUUGACGACUAUGUUUUCUUCUAAAACGUUCUUAUUAGAUUAUUAACUUGUCUAGAUAAAUAUUAUUUAAGAUGUCUGAAGAGGAAGAUGAAGGAUGGAUGAAAGCAUUAGAAAAAGCACUUUGUGAGAAAGACGAGUCUCCACUUAGUGAAGAAUCUGGAAAUUUUACUGUAAUAGCUAAUGAAUGUAGGGGUCAAAUGUGGCGUCAGUUACUGACCCGUGAUGAUGAUACUAUUCAAACUUUGUUAGAUGAGAGACCAAUUAUAAAGAACAUAGAACAAUUGGAGGUUGACUGUCAAAUGUUAAUUGCUUCUUUAGAAAUUGAAGACGAAGAAGAAAAAUUAAAUUGUUUGUCAGACACUGAAGCUAUAUUGGUGACAAUGUGCAAAAUAUAUAAUACAGACACGUAUGAUAUAAGUAAGAGAUGGCCAUCAAUAAUUCGACCAAUCAUAUCAUUAAAACUACCUCGAAUUGAUACAUAUACUAUGUUCCGCGCGAUCGAUGAAGAGUACUUAGCUAAACAUCAAGACUGUAAUCAUUUACUACGGAUAUUGUUAUUAUAUCAUGAUCCAGAAUUGUGUAAUUUAUUAGAUUCUCUAAAAUUGGGGCCAGAACUUUAUAGUGACUCAUGGAUACAAACUUUAUUUUCUGAAACAUGUUCUUUAGAAGUAAUUUUAAUUAUUUGGGAUUUAUACUUAGCAAAAAAAGACAGGUUUUUUAUAUUUUUUUUGGCUUUAGUAUUCAUCAUCAAUGCAAGGGAUCAUAUCUUUUCAUUAAAACAUCAACCUAAAACACAAUUGAUAGAAAUUCUUGGAAAUUUGCCAUCACAAUUGGCCAUAGAUGAUAUAAACGAUUUUUGGUCUUUGGCAGAAUAUUAUGAUAAACAAACACCUUCAUCUUUUAUAAAAGAUAUUGCUGGAUAUAUUUUUGACCUAAAGCAACAGGAUAAAGGAAUUUCUCAAAUGUUAUGCCUUCCAAUUAGUGUAACUGAAUUAGUGUCUCAUACAAAUAAGACAGUCACAAACAGUUUGAAAUUUUUUGUAAUGGAUUGCAGACCUGCAGAGCAAUACAAUGCUGGACAUUUGCCUAUUGCCUUUCCGCUAGAUAGUACUUUACUUUUGGAAGAUCCUGUUUCUUUUUGGACUGCUGUUGAAGGGCUAUUAUCAUGUCAGAAGCAGAGCUUUGUUGAGGGCCGUUCAGGAGGAGGAGAACAUUGGUGUUUCUCAGGUUGUGGUAGUGGUUUAGAUGCUAACCAAAAUACUCACAUGGUUGUUUCUGCAUUUUUACAAAAACAUUCUCUCUAUGUUUCUAUGCUUAAUGGUGGCUAUCAGGCACUUCAUGAAUAUUUUGAAAAAAACAAUAUUGAUGGCUUGAGUGAUCAUGAUCGUAAACGAUGUUCACAGUGUCUAAGUAGUCCAAAUCAAAAUAAAGAACGAUUGACUCAAACAAAUUCAACUAAUGAAUUGUUUUCUAAACUUGGUGUGGCAAUGAGAUCCAAAUCGUUUGAAGUCAAAGGUAAAUUAAUGGAUUUUUUAUCAAGUAAUAACAAUAGUACAAAAAAUGAAAAAACAAAUGGAGGUAGCAAAAGAUAUAGAAAUAUGGCACCAGUUUUUGCAAUAGAUGAAGAUGACAAUAAUCAAGAUUCAGAAGAUGAACCAGAUGAUGUAGCUCAUUAUAAUAGUUUAUCGAUGCUAUUAAAUAAAUUCAAUGUAAUUGCAUCAUUUGAUUGUCAACAUAUCAGAGAUGACGGAACAGUAAUUCCAGGGAAAUUGGUGUUGACAAAAAAUAACCUGAUAAUUGUUGAAGUAGACACAAAAGAUUCUAAUAAAAUUUGUUCACUGGUAAAUCAUUCACUGGGAACUAUUUUGAAUAUUAAAUGUCGUAAAAAACGACCUGAUUUAAUUAUUUUUGAAUAUUCUGGACCAGAAAAAGAUAUAGACAGAUUUUUAAUACCACAAUCACAAAAAGCUACUGAUAUAAUAAGCAAGCAAAUAUUGGAUUACAUUGAGCGUACUGAAAGCUGAUCAAUUUUGUACAAAUUGCUAAAACAACAUUUUUUAUCAAAAAAAAAAAAAAAUUCAAUACAAUUACUUAAUACAAAUAAUUAGAAGUUAGUGAAUACAUUGUUUUAAUAAUAAUAAAAAAAAAAAUUAUUUUAUUAAAAAAAACAAAUUAAGAUUGCUCAUUUAUUAGCUUCAUGAAUGUUUUUCAU